GCUCAGAAUAGUUUUUUUACUCAUGGAUAACCCGUGUUAGCUCAUGCGGCACCAGACGAGCUCAGUAUUACACCCUGUAAUCUGCUCCAUCUCCAGGCACGUAUUUGAGGAAGUGUCUGGGACUCCCCUUCCACACGGGGCAUCAAUUUUUCCAGACAGAUGAAAGUUAAUGGCUACCAUGAUUCAGGCGAGUAAUUCUUGUGAAACCAGCUCGGGGGAUGUUGCCUAGCAAAACAAAUUCUGUCAGCAUAGUCCCAUGCUGUGACGUGGUACCGAGUAUGCCACACUAUAUAUAAGAACCAGGAAGCAAUCCAAGGGGAUGGGCUCAUUUUAGCUCUGCUGCAGACCAUACACAGAAUACAGUGAUGCAGAAAACUAUUCCUGGCUGCCUUUUCCAGCAAAUGUGUUCCUCCCUUACGGGCAUUUCUAUGGAGAGAGACCACAUGAAAGAUCUCAGAAGAUACCUGGUACUUAAAUACAUCCAAUACCUUGUCCUGUCUUCUUCAAAUGCUGUCAGCACAUUUCUGGGCCUGCUGGGCAGUUUGUAUGCAAUAAUCAUCCUGCAGUCUGCAAAGGUUUCGUCAAAGUCCACUGCAGUUCUCAUCUCGAGCCUAGCAAAGGCAGACGUGCUGGUUACUGUUAGCAUCGUUUCUGAGAUGCUUGUACGGACCUUGGGUGUCGGUAUCUUAUCUCCAGUGUUCACAUCAGCUCUGCUGCAGAACCUCCUCAGUGCAAACACACACAUCAGCUGCUUGCUGCUGAGCUGCGUUGCCUUUGAGGCUUAUUUGAUCACCUUCUUCGCCACAGAGUCUCGCCAUUUCCGGACAGUGAAAAACGCCAGACUGACUUCCAGGAUCAUCUGGACCCUGGUGACUGCAGAGUGCGCCCUGUUCCAGGCAGAUGACCUCCUGAAGGCCAGCAGCACUUCUGCUCUCCCCCACAGCCCAUACGCCUUGUUGUUUCGCAUCCCCAGCAUGGCCGCAGCCCUUCUCAGAUCCCUCAGUUACAUCCUGGGGAUUCUCUUAAGGAUUGUCAAUGUAUACAUCUACUACAAAAUAUUUUUUAGUGUGUCCAACAGAUCUACACUAAAAACAAAGUAGUGGCUAUUCCUCCGGGCAGCAGCACUGUGACACCCAACAGAAGACACUUCCAUGCAGUUUCAAACUGUUGGUUUGAAAACUGCUCAAUAACUAGCCCCAAGGCUCAUGUUUCGGCACACCACGGAGUUUAAACCUUCCUGUUUCAUGAUGGUAUUGAGCCUUGGCUAUUCUGAAGAGCUUGGGGCUGAGGAGCCCCCUGGCACUGAAACACAGAAGAGUUGGGCUGUGGGUGCUUGUGUUGAGAGCCUUAGAGCACCACAGGUUUGCUUUGAUUGUUUGUAAUCUAGAGUUUAUUCACUUUACAGGUGAAACAAAUGACAUUUCAUAAAUGGUUCUAGAAACUAAAGCAACCCAAGCAUUUUUUGUAUAAAAUGGGUGCUUAGAGUCUUACUCAGGGAUCUGCAGAGACAAGAGCUGCAUGGUUGCAUAGUGAAGACGUGAUCUAUGUCCUAAACCAUCUCUAACUCAUGUGACCCACCAGACUCAGCAGGUGGGACUGAGGGACAAGAUGAGCACCAAGCUGAUCUAGCCUAGCUGGAUUUGUCUUGCAGGUGGCAUCAGCCCUUCUGUGGGAAUCUGCAGAACAGACACUGCCACACCUUGGUACAUGCCUGGAGCUGUUAUUGGGAGGUUGCUACCACAAAGUUGUAAAUAGGUUAUCUCACAUCCCCCUUCAGAUGUAAACCAGAGGUGGAAAACCAGAACGCAGUUGUUUGCUGCAGCCCUACAAGGCGGGAAGAGAAUUUAAUAA